UAGAUAGAUAGAUAGAUAGAUAGAUAGAUAGAUAGAUAGAUAGAUAGUGUGCAAUCAGAAAGCUUUUUACUAAAUUUGGUAUUAUAGCCUAGACAAAGGACCACUUUUACUCAUAAUUCGUUUUAAAUGCUAUUUUAUGUUUUGUUUUCUAGUUGAUUUGGGGGUCUAGAGUAUCCUAGUUUUGUGUUUAAAUAUGGAAAGCAAUGAGCUGAUGUAUAGAUAACAUAGAUGUUCACUUUCACUUUUAUUGCAACAAGUUGGUUUGAAGGUUAUUUUAUGUUUGUUUCCCCUGAGAAUAUGUUGUCACUCUUCAGAUGUCUUUAUUUUGGAGUUUAUGGCAGCGGAGAGGUACUCCUGGAACCCGAAAGAUGGCUUCUUUGGAGGGUCUGAGCAAUAUAGCUCCAUCCCAGACAAACAAAAAGACCUUGGGGCACAGAGGUAUAGACCCCACUGGAGAGACCACUUAUAAAAAGACCACAUCAUCUGCUCUGAAAGGUGCCAUUCAGCUGGGCAUCACACACAGUGUGGGGAGCUUAAGCCAGAAGCCAGAGAGAGAUGUGCUUAUGCAAGACUUUGAAGUGGUGGAAAGCAUAUUUUUUCCCAGUCAAGGCAGUAGUUCAACUCCUGGCCAUCACCAUGGAGACUUCAAGUUCAAAACGUAUGCUCCCAUUGCCUUUCGUUACUUCAGAGAGAUGUUUGGGAUCCGACCUGAUGACUACCUGUAUUCGCUAUGUAAUGAACCCCUCAUUGAGUUGUCUAACCCCGGAGCCAGUGGUUCUCUCUUCUACGUUUCCAGCGAUGAUGAGUUUAUUAUAAAGACGGUACUUCACAAGGAGGCCGAAUUUUUACAGACACUCCUGCCUGGAUAUUUUAUGAAUCUGAACCAGAACAUGCGCACGCUUCUUCCCAAGUUCUACGGGCUGUACUGCGUUCAAGCCGAAGGGAAGAACAUCCGAAUUGUUGUGAUGAACAACCUGCUCCCCUGUGCCGUACCUAUGCACCUUAAAUAUGACCUGAAGGGCUCCACAUACAAGCGUCGCGCUUCCCCUAAAGAGAGGGCUAAGAAGGUGCCCACAUACAAGGACCUGGACUUCAUUCAGGACUUGCCUGAUGGCUUGCUGCUUGAGAAUGACCACUACAAUGCCCUAUGCAGAACCAUGCAGAGAGACUGUCGGGUGCUUCAGAGCUUUAAGAUCAUGGACUACAGUCUGCUGGUGGGCAUCCACAACUUGGAUCUGGCAGGUGAAGAGCCAUCUACCGCAGUACCUGAUAACCAGAAAAAGGCUCCAGGCCAGAAGCCCUUAUACUGUACAGCCAUCGAGUCUAUUCAAGGGGAGGCCAAAGGCAAGACGCCACCACAGCCUUAUGAAAGUAUGGGAGGAAUUCCAGCUUUUAGUUCGAAAGGAGAAAGAUUGCUGGUUUUUAUUGGCAUCAUUGAUAUCCUGCAGUCUUACAGGCUUGUAAAGAAGUUGGAGCACUCUUGGAAAGCCCUGCUGCAUGAUGGGGACACUGUAUCCGUGCACCGUCCGAGUUUCUACGCAGAUCGGUUUCAAAAGUUUAUGUGCACAACUGUCUUCAAAAAACCUACAACAAAAAUGUCUCCCGCAAAGAAGAGUCGAGGUGGAAUUCUGCCUGGUGGGAAGAAAGCAAACACUGCCGUAUCUUCACAAUCGCAACAACAGUCUCUUCCUGUAGCGACCGCACAAACAAGCCUUGAACAAACACAGCCAGUAGCCCAAGCACUCCAGUCGCAGCAGAAUAUGGCACAGCUGUUCGGCUCAAGCAGCGGCGCUGUGUCCCUCAGCUCAGAGACGCAAGAGAGCGACGACGGUAUGCAGACAGAUCGCCCUGACCUUCUCCCACAUCAGUUUACUGAAGAUGAUAUCACCAACAGUUCAGUCGAUACAACCCUCUCGGCGACAUCUACUGUGGGCUCCAAGUUUUCCGCAAACACUCCAGUUCCCAGUUGUAGCAGUACAGCUGCUUACACAUCUGGGGAAAGUUUAAAUGUGGAAACCAUUUCACUCAACGAGAUUGUUCCUCAUACCAACACAUCAGAAUGAAAGACUGUGGUUGACAAGGACAAAAUAAAGCUCUCCAGGACAAAGAGUACUCCCUUUCAAGGACUUCUAAAGAAGAAGGAUAACCCUAAGAUUGAAUUGCUUUCAACAUUAGGAAAAGUGAAAACCAGAGAAUGUGGAGAACAAAUUAUAACACCGCACACGAUCAUUCUACUAUAAAGAUAAUUCCCUCUUUAAACCUUUUUUUUCGGAUGUCAGCCAUACAGCGUCCAGUAUUGCUGCUAAGAAAUGGAACCAAAGGACAAAUACAGCCAUCAGUGCCAUAUUUGUCAGAACUUAAUAAUGUUUACAGCAAUCAUAAAGCGAUGAGUACCAAGUGGCUUUUGGAGAACAAACUGGUCUUUCAAAGUACCUCAGCGAGAGUUGAACAUUUUGUAGUGGACUUAAUGGACGCAAUGCUGUUUUUCCUGUUAUGUUGCUAAGGAGACGAAUGUUUUGGAGUCACAUAUUUAAUUUGCUAAUAGGAGAAAGUAAAACAUUUGCCUAUUUUACAGAUGCUUUGAGUAUAUGAUUGUCUCCGAAAAUGAGUCAAUCCACAUUAGUUUGCCUGAACAAUCAUGUUACAAGAUUUAGUUUUUUUUUUACUCUAAAUCUAUGAAAAUAAUUAAUUUUAGAAAUAGAUUUAAAUAGUUUACUGUAAUAUUGUGUGAUCUAAAUGUGCCUUAAUUGCACAAGUAAUUUACAUUGUUGUGAACAGGACACUUUUUACUGUGCGAUAUGCAGACUUGCAUGGCCUGCAAUGUACACAAUCACAGUAUACAUCAUUGUUCAAAUGUCAGUCUGCAUUGUGACUGCUUUAUAGACUACUUGCUUGAACGCCCCCCUUAAAUACUCCAGUUCUUCCAGUUUUAUUUGCUUAUGAAUUUAAUAUGACGUGCAAAAAGAAAGUGAUCGAUAAAAACGUGCUGAAAAAUGUCAUGUUUGUAUAAAUAGUGUAAAUGUUGUAACUCGUAUAAAAGGCCAAAUUCAGUAUUUUGGGUUGCAGGACUGAUAAUAUUUGGAAAUCUUAAAUGUAAAAUAUGUUAAGACUAUGAAAUGUAACACUUGGCAGACUAACUACUGUAAAAUCUGUAACGCAUGGUGGUAUGUAUACCGUGUAUCUCUUUUUUUUUUUACAUCAAGACAUUUUAUGGACUGUAAUAUAGAAACCUUUUGAACACGGUUUUGUGGAAUUUAAAUCAAACUAAAGAUGGAACCAAAGUGCUAGUUUUAUAUUUGAAAAUGUGCAUAUUGUUAUCAGUUAACCUAUUCUAGAGACAUUGCUAAAGAUGCAAAUAUUUUAAAUAUGGAUAAUUAUGGGUACUCUGCUGGAUAUUUGUUUCAUGCGUUGACCUUUAUUUUUAAAAGUGAAAAACAUUCCUGUACAAAAUCCUAUUUAUUUGUAUGUUUGCAUGUAAUUUAUUUCUUUAUCUCAGGUUCCACAAUGCCGGUGUGUUUUUAUGCAACAAUGGAUGUAAAUGCUGACACCUGGUGGUUGUGUGAAUCUGAUGUUCAUCAAAGGUUGGAAAUGUAUACACUCAAGAUCUGGGAUUCUUGUGCAAUUGCUAUUUAAUCUUGAAAGUGCUGCAUUCACCUUUAUUGUCUUAUCAAACUGAGAACUUUCAGUGGUAGCUUUAAAUGAAACUGUUCGACACUCUUACAACAAAAUGUCUAUUUUUUUGUUUUUGCUCUCAACCAAAUGAUGUCAUUGGCUCGCGCAUUCUUGAUGUUCUCAGCAACAUUUCAUGUUAUAUGCAAAUAACUUGAAAUAAACGGAACCGAAAAUUUUAAAA